AUGCUGAAGCUUGUUGUCCUGCUGGCCGCAGCGUACCUGGCCUACGAGCUGGCCUCGCGGCUCCGCAAUAGGAAACCCCUCCCCCCUGGCCCCCCUCCCCUUCCACUCAUUGGCAACCUGCACCAGCAUCCUACAGACCAGCCAUGGGUGCAGUACCGGGACUGGCACCGGAAGUAUGGGCCCAUCAUCACCGUGAAGAUGGGCAUCCGCACGGUGAUCUUCCUAGGGAGCCAGCAAGCAGUAGAUGAUAUUUUGACCCAGCGAGGCAAAGUCUACUGCUCUCCCCCAAGCUUCGCCUUCUUCGGCGAGUGUAUGACGGGCAACCUGCUGCCGGUGCUGCUGCCUCAAGGCGCUCAACGCCGCGACAUCCACCGCCUCGUCGUCACCAUCCUCUCCCCCAAGGCCUGCCAGGCGUAUUCCGCCGUCCAGGAGCGGGAGAGUCUACGCCUGAUGAAAGGCCUCCUCGCGGCGGAUGGCAACAACAAGUACAGCUGGGGCUACUCGGUCGGAGUGACUUCCACUCUCAUUUACGGCGCUCGCAUGGGCGAAGUCGAGGAAGCCGAGAUUGGCGACAUCGAGGCGCUGUUCAACGGGAUCCUGGACGUGGCCUCCAAGGAGAAUGUCUUCUUGGAGCUUUACCCCUUCCUAAAUCUGCUGCCCCGUCGCUUCAACCGCUGGAAGAGAGCAGGGGACCAGUUCCGCCAGCAUUUCAUCAAGCUCUGGGGCCGGCGUAUGCGACGCGGCCUCAAGAACCGCAACUGGAACUGGUCACGGCUCUUCCACGACAACAAGCCCGCCGACAUGUCCGAAGAGCAGCUCUUGUUCUGCAUUGCCGAGCUCGAAAUCGGCGCUGCCCUUUCCACAGCCUCCCUGAUCCGUCUGUUCAUUGCCACUGCCGUCCGCAACCCAGCUGCCGCUCAACGCGUCCGUGAAGAGAUCGACCGAGUGGUCGGGGCAGACCGUCUCCCCUGCCUGGAGGAUCAAGGAAAGCUCCCCCUCCUCCAUGCCUUCUUCUACGAAAUGACCCGCUGGAAGGCGGCCGUCCCGCUCUCCCUCCCGUAUACAGGCCUCGAGGACGGCGAGUACAAUGGCUACCGCAUCCCCAAGGACGCGCUCGUCUUCGCCAACCAGUGGGCACUGAACAUGGACCCAGACGUCUUCAUCCAUCCCGAGAUCUUCCGACCAGAGCGUUGGAUCGAGAACCCCGACCUUCCCAAGCCCAGUAUCUUCGGGUACGGGCGCCGCGUGUGCCCAGGCGAGCAAUUCGGCACCAACGGCCUGUUCAUCGCAUUCUCGCGGAUGCUGUGGGCGUUCGACACCAAGCCGUCGGACAAGGGCUUUGGGAGGGACGAGGCGCACACGGCGCUGGGAUUUGUUGCGGAGAGCGACACGGACGGCGUAAAGUUUGUUCCCCGAGACGAGAAUCGCGUACGUGUGCUGGAGGGCAUGCUCAAGGACCAGAUGCUCGAGGACAAGGAACUGCUGGAUAAUGCGUCCAAGGUCGUGCGGCUGCAGUUGGCGGGACAGGUUGCAAAUGGGACGGCGAAGUAG